CUGGCCCGGGCGGGGGCUGCCGUGGCCCCAGAUCUCGCUCCGAGACGCGGCGCGGCCCAGACGGGCAGCGACUCCCGGGGAAAGGACCCCGGGGAGGGGGGAAGAGGCCGUGCGAGGGGAAGGCGGCGAGCUCGGAGGCCCGGAGGCCUUGGCCGCGCCCCAGCACCCACAUGGCCUCUGGAGGGGGCGCGGCCUUCGAGGAGCUGCCUCACGACGGCACGUGUGACGAGUGCGAGCCCGACGAGGCUCCGGGGGCCGAGGAAGUGUGCCGAGAAUGCGGCUUCUGCUAUUGCCGCCGCCACGCCGAGGCGCACAGGCAGAAGUUCCUCAGCCACCACCUGGCCGAAUAUAUCCACGGCGCCCAGGCCUGGAUGUCUCCAGCUGAUGGGGAGGGAGCGAGGAAAGAAGCGGUCGGGGCCAACGGGGAGCAAGAGAGGGAGAUAGAAAGCGAGGCCGGGGAAGAGAGCGAGUCUGAGGAAGACAGUGAGUCGGAAGAAGAGAGCGAAACGGAGGAAGAGAGUGAGGAUGAGAGCGACGGAGAGAGCGAAGAAGACAGUGAAGAAGAAAUGGAGGAUGAGCAAGAAAGCGAGGCAGAGGAAGACAACCAGGAAGAAGGGGAGUCUGAGGCAGAGGGAGAAACUGAGGCAGAAAGCGAAUUUGACCCAGAAGUAGAAAUGGAAGCAGAGAGAGUAGCCAAGAGGAAGUGCCCAGACCAUGGGCUCGAUUUGAGCACCUAUUGCCAGGAGGAUAGGCAGCUUAUCUGUGUCCUGUGUCCAGUCAUUGGGGCCCAUCAGGGUCACCAACUCUCCACCCUAGAUGAAGCCUUCGAGGAACUAAGAAGCAAAGAUUCAGGCGGACUGAAGGCGGCUAUGAUUGAGUUGGUGGAAAGGUUAAAGUUCAAGAGCUCAGACCCUAAAGUAACUCGGGACCAGAUGAAGGUGUUUAUACAGCAAGAAUUUAAGAAAGUUCAAAAAGUGAUUGCCGAUGAGGAGCAAAAGGCCCUUCAUCUAGUGGACAUCCAGGAAGCAAUGGCCACGGCUCAUGUGACUGAGAUACUGGCAGACAUCCAAUCUCACAUGGAUAGAUUGAUGACUCAGAUGGCCCAAGCCAAGGAACAACUUGAUACCUCUAAUGAAUCAGCUGAGCCAAAGGCAGAGGAUGAUGAGGAAGGACCCAGUGGUGCCAGUGAAGAAGAGGACACAUGAAGACUUGCCAUCCCCAGUGGAAAAUCAUCCCCUCCCCUUGUGUGUGUAUGUGACAGCGUGUAUGUACCAGCUUCUGAUUUCUGUGAAAGCUGCCCAGCAACAAACGUACUUCCACCGGAUAUGUCCCCAGAUUCACAGCAGCACAUAUCUUUCCAAGGAAUGACCAGUUUUAUGCUUACUGACUGUGUGCUUCUCAUUCUCUCAUUGUGGUAGGUCAAGGAAAAAGAGCCCCUUUAAUCAACCAGGAGCAAUUAAGAAGGGUUCUUCAGGUAAUCCCUCAAUGGCUGCUUUGAACUUACUCUGGAAAGCCAGCUGCUGUGAUAUAGUAUAACCAAACAGUAUCACUUCAUUAGGAAGGAUCUGGAAUAAUCUUGAAGGGAAGUCAAAGUUUUUUCCCUACCUGCUUACAAAAACCCCACUUUGUUCAUAUUGAAACAUGAAAUAAAUGAGGGCAAAAUAGGGCUGAAUUGACCCAUGUAGACAGUCUCUGAAGUCCAGUUUUACAUUUGUGAAAAUGCGGUACCAUGAAUUAAGAUGGAUGACUUGAAAAUGGGGUAGGAGAAAGAGUUAAAGAUAUAGAUAUUUUUAGUACAGAAGUUAUCCAGGACUUCAGAUUCAUAAUUCAGUGCUGUGGAAAUUUAAAAAAAUGAUUGAAGGAGGUGGAAAGGAAAUGACCUUGGUGGGGGAGAAAAGAAGAGGACCAAAGAAAUCUGAUUAAAAGUUGAAAUCAAUAUUUCUGAAUUCAAAUUGCCUAAGUUUCUAAAACAGUCACUGAAGGAUCUGAUAGAACCUGAAUUAUUUGGGUGAAUUCUGCAGGUCUUAUGGGCUUGUCACAACAUGAAAAGCUGGAAUGUUUAUUACCAAACAGGCAUUUUCAGUGUAGGUUUUUGCUGGUCCUAUCCCCAAUUAGCCUAAUUUGGCCUAAAUGCAGCGUGGGAAAAUUCUUGCCAUAUCAUAAUGUACUGAAUUCAGCUCCACCUCCCAGCAAAUAUAUCCUCUUUUUACUCCAACUGGAACCCUUUUUUUGUGGCAGUUCCCACCCACAGUCCUUUAGAUCAUCUCCCACACUCUGGCUCUCUCCUAAAUAACAUGAGCAGAGACACACCUGAGGUUGGACAUCCUUUACUUUCCCCACUUCCAAAUCACAAUUCCUUACCAUCAAGCUUUUUACUCCCAAAUAAAUAGGCAGUGAUAUACUAGGGGAAUACAAAAUUGCAAGCUCAGAAACUUGCAUCUUCCUGAAAAAACAUCAGUUUUACUUAACAAAUGGUUUGGAGUCAGGAGAUGAUUUUACUUUUAUAUAAAACAAUUAUAUUAUGGACUGGAAUGUUCAUACACAGAUAAAAUGGAAGACUUUUUCAAGGUAAUUCUUAUUUGCAAAUAGGCUAUGUGCUCUCUAUCCUCUUCCUUUAGUGGUAUUCUGAUGUUCAGUUUUAAGGAAUACAGUUGGAACCAUAUCCAAGCAACCUUGGGGGUGCUGCUGACCCAGGGCCUAGGCUUCUAGUGCCUCUGAGGCAGAAGCAAAAGAGCUUUCACUGGGGGACAUCCCUCUCUUCUUGCCUGCCUGCCUGCCAGUGACCUGUGUAAAGCUUUAGGGCUAGCUGAUUUGUGUGUGUGCAGGGUGGUUUUGAGACAGAAACAAUACUUGCUUACUGUAGGAGUCCUAAUUCUAGCAUUGUUCAAUCCUGUGCAUGCUAUGAAAUGAUUUAUUCCUUUGAGGCCAGGGAACUACCAGGCAUAUAGACUUCUAGAUUAGUGUUACCCUAGCUCACUAAAUGUGUCAGAAUUUGGGGCUGUGAGGAGUUUGAGCUUUUUUUUUUUUUUUUUUUUUUU